CAAGCCGGGAGCAGCCGAUUAUUCUCACUUCGGCUCAGAAGCAAGUGGUGUUUUGUUUCUCUUGAAAGGAUACGACUUCAAGGGGAAAUCUGAGCUUUUUCAGCACAGUUAUACCAUGGGAUGUAUUAAAUCCAAAGGCACCUUACCGGCCUCGAACACGAUUUUCGACGAUGGAAGCAAGACCCUUGGUGCAUACAACGGGGGCUACGGCGGAGAUGCGCCGUCUCUCAUCCAAGGGAGGCCUGGCGUGACUCCUUCCACAAGCACCACCAUCCUGGACUUUGCACACCGCCUCUCCCAAGAGAUUCUGGAUCAGGCCGUGAAGCAGUGGGCGGUGACGGAAAGCAAGUAUAGCGACAUCCCCUUCAUCGAAAGCGAUGUGCCAUGAAGG